UUUUACUCUCUCUGCAUCUCUAGAAAACAAUCUGAAUCUGCAAUACCAGAAAAUAAAGGCGUGAAAUAUUGAACCAAAAAUAUCGCUCCAAUGGAGACUUGCCCGUCUGUGAAGAAUAUAUUACUCUUGGAUUCAGAAGGAUGUCGUGUUGCUGUGAAAUACUAUUCAGAUGACUGGCCGACUAAUAGUGCUAAGGAAGCGUUUGAAAAGUCUGUGUUUACCAAGACUCAGAAGACUAAUGCACGCACUGAAGCUGAGAUAGCAAUGUUUGAGAACAACAUUGUCAUCUACAAGUUUGCUCAAGAUCUUCACUUCUUUGUUACCGGAGGUGAUGAGGAAAACGAGCUCAUUAUAUCCACUGUUCUUCAGGGUUUCUUUGAUGCAGUUAGUCUUCUGCUCAGGGGCAAUGUGGACAAGAAAGAGGCCCUUGAGAAUUUAGAUCUCAUUUUAUUAUGCCUUGAUGAGAUUGUUGAUGGCGGAAUUAUCCUGGAGACAGAUGCGAGUGUCAUUGCUGGUAAGGUUGCAAGCCACAGCGUAGAUUCUGGAGCUCCUCUAUCUGAGCAGACUAUAAGUCAAGCAUUGGCAACUGCACGGGAACAUCUUACCAGAUCACUCCUCAACGUAUGAUGAUGAUAUAGUGUGGAGUUACAAGCCCGGUUUCUUGAUUUGAAGUUGGAUCUUCUGUAGAAAACGAAUGCAAUUUGGAAAUAUUUAUCACUUUAUAUGUUUUUUAUAGAGCAUUAUCGUCAAGUUCAGAUGGGUAUCAUUAAAGAUGGUCGUUGUUUUGAUUAAGAUAGUUACCAAUUUGCCGAGUCUGAAUGUUCUUCUUUAAAUCUUGUCUGUUUUCGACAGUGAGAAAAAGAUGAUGUAUUUUGAUUUUAUGAUAGGGUGGAGUUCUUUUGA